AUGGCUGCUUCUAAUAGGAAUCUUUGGAUUAUUAUUUAUAAAAAGGAGAAAAGUUCCUUGUUAAAUUACGAACAGUCUUUGAUUGCGUGGGCAGCGACUGGUCAACGCUCUUUCAAGAGAAAAGUCCCGAUGGAACGUAGUAAAGCGAGAUCUGAUUUGCAAUUGAUUGGUGCACAGAUCAUUUUUCGACAUGGAGCACGAACUCCGCUAUUUCUAAUGCCCACUCUCGAAGAGGUGAUCUAUAGUAAUGAACAUGUGGAAAAUUAUGCUCCAGCAAAAUGGGAUAUUAAACUGAUCACGAAACGAGACGGUGUGAUCGUAGCGAAAGAGAAUAUUUCAUCAGCGAAUGAUAAGGAGGGAAAACGUGAUCGACAAUUGAAAUCGGUGUCUGGUUUAUCAGUAAGAACAGGUCAAUUGACAGCAGUUGGAGAAAAACAAUUAUAUCAACUUGGAAAACUUAUUCGAUCGGAAUUGAUUGACCCUAAAGAGAAUGCCGGACUUAUACCAUCAACUUACGAUCCUCAAUAUGUUUAUUGUCGAUCAACUUACAUGGAUCGAACCAUUAGUAGUGCUCGUGCAUUUCUGGCUGGUCUAUUCACUUCUGAUGAAAAAGAUCACAAAAUUCAAGCCACUGGUCCAUUCGAAAUUGAAGUUAACCAUUUUCCUGAUGAAGAUCUGUUUCCUAACACCAAUGUUUAUCCUAUUCUCAAAAACUGUCCAAAUGUAAUAACACUCUACGAGUCGUUCAACGAUGAUCAUGAUAUGAAAAAAGCUCGUCAGACAUUACUAAAUCGCAUUGGUGCUGCUGAUCAAGCACAUGGUAUUGUCGAAUUAUAUGAUGAUAUUGUUUCAAGACGAGCUCAUAACUUUUCGGUACCGGAGGAUAUUCUUAACUUAGUAAAGGAUUUCGAAGUGAUGUCUGCUCGUGAAUUUGUGUAUAGAGCAACAGAUAUUGGCUUUGACGUGUUUCUCCGUUCUGCAUGCGGUCCACUUCUUAGUUUAAUUCGAGAAAAUUUCAAUUCAAUUUUGAAAAACCACCGCGAAGAGAAAACAUCCAAUACAAAAAAACCUUUUCAAAGAUUCUUUAUUUAUUCUGCCCAUGACAGUACAAUUAUUCCAUUAGCCAUGGCAUUCGAGAUCUUUCAAAUGCGCUGGCCGGAAUAUGCGACUUAUAUCUUUCUGGAAUAUUUCAUUUCCAGAACAAAUCCAGACGAAACUUAUGUAACUGUGAAUUUUGCAGGCGAACUCCAAGUGUUACCAAAUUGUGAUGAUUAUUAUUGUCCUUAUUCAACAUUCCUCACGAAUCUAGAAAAACGUUUCCAACAAACGAAAAUAUCAAUUUAA